GAGGCUUUGGAGUGGCUGAUCCAUGGUGAAUACACCAAAGGGGAGUCCGAGACACUUGGACAGGUGAAUGAGAACAUGGCCUGCACUUCGGACUCGCGUUUCGACUAUAUAUUGGACCUUGUGCAUCACUUCUAUACUUUCGCCCGACUCCACUAACAGUCUCAAGUCGAAUGGAGUCAGCACUUCCAAUGGCUUCCCCGGCUACAGGACACUCGAGAUUUGCGUCGGCAGUCUUCCUUAUCACGGAACUGUUCGAGCAAAUCUUGAGCCAGGUAGAUGCGAAAACCCUACUGCUUGCUCAGCGCGUCGACAAGCACUGGCACGGGAUGAUUUCCACAUCUACACCACUUCAGCAGAAGAUGUUCUUUCGACCUGCGACUCGCGAACAACUGCCUACCAUUUAUGCUGUGGAGCGUCGACUAACCACCAUACCCACAAACGCUUCUGGCCUCGGCCUACGACGAAAGUCGUACCUCAACAUCCACAAGCUCGCCGAUCCCGAGGACAGGGAACAACCAGACCACAAAAUCAUCGUUUACAACGCGCUCCUAUUCGAUCGCCAGAUCUGGCGACAGCCGGUCCUGCAACCCAAGAUUCGCCUUGCCAGAGUCUCCGCCAUCAGACCAUCCUGGGAGAGAAUGCUCCUUACUCAACCUCCGCAGCCAAAACUCGUCUUGGCUUUCGAGAACAGCGAUCCCUCAGUCCCUCGAACACGCCACGAGGCCACGCUAGCUGGAGAUGUUCUGGUAACCAAUGUGCUUAUUGCCGCCGAGCGAGAUCUCCUACAGGCGUAUGGCACAAAGCAUUUCGAGGGCUUGCACGAAUAUGCGACACCAGAUCGCAAGGUAGACAUGUACCUUGUGGGGAGCGAUGUGCCUAUUGCUGAGUCGGACGGGCUUGGGCUCAGUGAAUUGGAGGCAUAGAGGGCGGGCUGCUGAAUACCACUGAAGCUGUACCUGAUGAAAUCGAGACAUGGAUGCUUGGCCAUGGACGACUAGGCGAUAAGCACCAUCUGCUGGGGCUCACAAUCGUGUUGGCACUCAGAGCGUGAUUUACCUCUGACGUUGCCGCAGAUUGGCAUUGUAAGGUCACACGCUGCGAUUUGUUCAGAGACGUCAUUUCCAGAGACACUGGUAGCAGUGUAAUGAAUUCAAAUAUAGUCAUCGGCAACAGACCACUGAAUUCACCAAACAGGCCCUCUGCCGCGUACUUGGGACCCUGAGGUGCUGCACAAAUAGUACGAUACCAUUCACCCAUCCAUAAUCUUUACAAGAGGCCGGUCGAUUGCUCGGCAUUGGUGAAUGGACCUGAG